AAUGUCUCGCCUCGAUGCUAAAAAGCCCUCAUUAUGUACCAGCGAACCUUUGACUAAGGAAGCCGUUAGCUGUGUUCUGUCUGUGUUCAGUGAAAUAGUCAAGUCUUGCUAUGGCCCCACAGGUAGGUUUAAACAGCUCCACAAUGGUAUGGGAGGAUAUGUCCGCACCACAUCGCAGUCAUCCGCGUUGCUCGGUGGCCUCUGCAUCACCCACCCGGUGCUAAGACUUCUGACAGCCUCCGUGCAGAGUCACCUCUCGUGUUUUGGCGACUGCGGCUUAUUCACGGCCAUUCUCUGCUGCAGCCUGCUUGAAAAAAUCCGAGCCUUGAACGUUCCUCCGUGCACUUCCAUUAAAAUCAGCCAGCACCUCUUGAGCCUGUGCGUCGACUAUCUCUCAUCCGAAGCGUGCGGCUGUAGAAUGCCGGUGGAUUUCGGCAGCUCCAAGAUCCCUCUCUGUUUGGUGCGCAGUGUGCUGACCAGCAAACGGGCCUGCAUGCUUAGCAGGAGCGAGGCAGAUCAUAUCAGCACUCUGGUGCUAAAGGCCUUUGUGUUGACCAUCAUCCCACAAAACACGGAGAGCAGCGUUGCGUUCGGGAAAUGUCUUUAUAUACCUGUGAAAGCUAGGAGAGCUAUGGAUUCUGCGGUCUAUCCUGGACUUCUGAUUGAAACACCCGACUUGAAUCUGACCGCAGAGCUUCCCGUCAGAACAGCUACUUCGUGCGCAAUCAAGAUGGCGCUUUUCUCUCUGUCCCUGUCAGGAGACUUGUCCGACACGGGAGAAGGAGCCAUCUUUGUCCAUCGAAGAGUGUGUCUGGAAGCGGAAGUCAUAGGCCGGUUGCUCAAUUUAGGCAGACAAAUGGUAGACGAUGGUGUGAGCCUUGUGGUGUGUCAAAAGGUUAUCCACCCAGCCUUGAAGCAGUACUUGAAGGAGAAACAUGUUGUGGCUGUAGAAAGAGUUGGGGCGGCAGUGAUGGAGCCGCUGCAGCAAAUGACAGGUUCUCAGCCAAUGCCUUCUUUGCAAUUUCUGUCCCCUGCUUGCUAUGGCCGCCUGAAGGACUUGCGGGCCGAGUCGUUUGCUUCAAAACGGUUCCUGCAUCUAAUCCCUGACAACCCGGUUGUCUGCAGCUUGGUGCUCUGUAGCAGGAAUGAAACUGCAUGGGAGGAGCUGAGGCUGGCUUGUCAAACGGCGGAGCAUGUUUUGCAGUUAACUGUCUCCAACCCCUGGGUACUGUUAGGUGGCGGCUGUACAGAAACUCAUUUGUCCUCCUACAUAAGGCACAAGAGUUGUGCUGUGACAUGCAGCACCUUGGAAAAUUUGUGCUGCUCUCGGCCAGAGUUCCAGUUGGUGGCCGAUGCCUUUUGCGACUCGCUAGAAUCUGUGUCUCGCUGCCUAGAGCAUGACAGCGGUGACGUUCUCACCGAUACAAAAUGGGGACAUUUUUGGAGUGUUCCACCUGAUGUUCCUAGUGGGUCCGAUUGGUCUGACGUCGUAGUUCAGAGGUGCGGCUGUGGCCUUUGUGACCUGCAGCAAGGUCUCGGUUGGAAGAUCCUGCAACACCGUUCUCUUCCUUUCCCCCCUCAGAGUUGUGUUAGCGAGUCUUCCAUAACCUCCACCGACAAUCCCGUUCUGGACUGCUUUGCGGCGAAAAGGAACGGCCUACAAGUUGCCGUCGAGACAGCCAGUCUGCUUUUAGAUCUGUCCUAUAUCGUGGAAGAUCGUGAUUAGGUUUUGUUUGCAAGUGUUUCUGCGUUCCACAUGUGCUUGCAUUCAGUGGUUUCCCCACCCCAUCCCAUCUCCUUGCCCCCACUGAAAAACCUCUUGAGGGACCUGUCCGGAAGAAACAUUUGACUUCGCACAAGGAGCUGCAGUUGGAAAAGUACGUCAGCUCCUCCCGCACAACUGAAGGCUCUUUGCACAUGCACAAGAUCUUCUUUGGAUCACUGCCUCCAUCCUUAGGAUGGUUGCUUUCAAAAAUGGGAACAGACGGCUGCAGAAAUUGGAACAAAUCAAAACAUGUAUUUUUUUCCUUUUGAAAAAAAUAAAUAAAUACUUAUUUAAUAAAUACAUUGUAAUAAAACCUUUCUCUAGGAAGUUUUACAGACUGAUGGGCCAGAAUGCAGCGAUGCAACGGUGGCAGUUAAUGGAGGUUUGUUACCUUACUUGGCUGAUGAAAUAACAGCUUAAAACCAUCCGAUGGGUUAGUCAUGUAUUAAAAGCAGGUUACAAAAUGAACUGUGUGUCGCAUGCAAUGUCAGCUGUAGAAUUCCUGUAUGGCAAGGCAGCUCGGAACAUUGGAUGAAUCUAUAAAGCCAAUAUUAGUAAGGGGACGCUUCAAUUCUGCUAAAAUUGUCGAAAAAUGCAAAAGGCGGUAUCGAACGAUGCACAAUUUCACUGGCAUAAUGGUACCUCCAUUUUCUCUCCUCCCCCUUCUGUGGGAACAGGAGAGAGAAAGGAAUUUCCAUCAAGGGCAUGGAGGUCUGUUGAGCAAGUGGAGCUGGAGUUUUGUACACAGCCCCAAAUCUCUUUUCAGGCCUAAUUCAUGAUGCAAACAUCUAGCUUUUCCUGAUGUCGUUUAUGUUUGAUGGUUAUAUUUUGUCAAUAAAAUGACAUCUCUUCUGCUUGCUGCUGUUGCCAAUUUCUUUGUAGGCCAAUAUGGAUGGUUUCCUUACUAGAAAUUAAGAAUAAAUCUUGUGUGUGUGUGUGUGUGUGUGUGUUCGUUCCUUAUAGGCUUUUAAAUUAGCCAUUUUGAAUCCAGUAAUGCUGUAUGGUUGAAGAUGGGAUCUGAAGUAAUAAUCCCAUAUAUUAUGUUAAUUUCCUCAGAUAAUUAUCACCAUACCUGAAACCUAGAUUUCAAAAACAUGAUUCACCCGUUGAAGGCUGCAGUUGUACAGUCCAGAAUUAAAAUACCUAAAUGACACCCAUGAUAUUGCAGGAAAAGUAGAAGUCUGGGAACACAACCCUUAAUUGUUGAACAGACUUUUGAUUGAGAAAUAUAUGCAUUCUUUGCUGGCCAAACAAUCUUUAAACGGAACCAGAGUUCAGAGGUUUACCAGCAGCCAGAGACUUAAAUAUCUGCACUCCAACAGCUGAAUCAAAACCCGAGAGGGCUUUGUAGGUGAAACUCUUAAUGGCUCCCUGUUCCAUAUGUCAGCCACAUUUUAAAAAUAAAAUAAAGGUGAUGAUCAAAAAUGUACAGGGACCUGUUGUUUAAGAGGGGAGAGAGUUUUUUAAAAAAAUCCCGUGGGACAUGACCUUCCUUAAUGGAGCUCUAAAUAAGAACAGAAAUUAUUUUCUCACAAUAUCCAUUUUUAAAAAAGGCAAAGAAUAGAACAAAACAGGUUGCUACAAAUAACAUUUUUUUAUUUGUCCAAGUGGAAAAAGUUGCCUCUAUUUUUGGAACCUUGGUGGG